AUGGCCAAGGGUAAGAAAGCCAAAUCGGCGGAACAAAAAGCCCGCACGGCAGCAAAGCAGUCAAGGAAAGCCGCCAAAGGCGAGAAAAAGAAAAGUGCCAAAACAGCCGCUUUGAAUGCCGACUCGGAUGGCGACGAUGACGGUGAUCUUGACGCCAUGCUCGCGGCCUACGCCGAAGAGCAGGCCAAGUACCUCAAGGUCACAGAGCAAGCCUGCGGCCCACCAGGUCCCAGGUCGUCCAGCACAAUAGUUGCGUCGCCGUCCAACAGGAACGAGUUGUUCAUCUUUGGCGGCGAGUAUCAUGACGGGAGCACCGCCUCCUUUUACAAUGACCUAUUUGUAUACCUCAUCGAUAAAGGUGAGUGGCACCAGAUAGUCUCAGGAAACAGCCCCCUGCCCCGAAGCGGACAUGCAGCCUGUCGAGGCGGCAACACCGGUGGGAUAUACGUCUCGGGAGGUGAAUUUUCCUCGCCCAAACAGAACCAAUUCUACCACUAUCACGACUUCUGGCAUUUGGACACUGAAACAAGGGAAUGGACCAAGCUCGAACCGAGGGGAAAGGGCAAAAGCCCACCCGCUAGAAGCGGUCAUCGAAUGACAUACUUCAAGAACUAUAUCGUUCUUUUCGGUGGCUUUCAAGACACCUCGCAACAAACAAAGUAUCUGAAUGACACGUGGAUCUACGACUGCAAGGAGAACAUAUGGCAUGAAAUGAAACUAGCGCCAGCAGCUCAGAGACCUGACCCUCGCUCGUCGUUCAGUUUUCUGCCCCACGAAUCCGGUGCUGUCUUGUACGGAGGCUACUCUCGUGUAAAGACAACCACUGGCUCUGGAGGAGGCGGAGGAAAACAAGCCGGUGGUAAAGGCAGUGGGAGCGGCUCAGGCCCGGUGCGAAACAUUCUCAAGCCGCUCGUGCACCAAGACACCUGGUUCCUCCGCAUCACCCUUCCCAGCUCGGAAGCCGCAAGCGGUACGCCUCCGUCACUCCGCUGGGAACGGCGGAAGCGGCCGGCCAACUCCCCCAACCCACCCCGAGCAGGUGUAACGAUGGCGUUCCACAAAGGACGCGGAAUCUUGUUUGGAGGCGUGCACGACGUCGAAGACAGCGAGGAAGGCAUUGACAGCGAGUUUUUCGACCAGCUGUUCAUCUGGAACAUCGAUCGGAAUCGAUUUUUCCCGCUGUCUCUGAGAAGACCAAAGGCUGGGGGCGCCAAGAAGCAACUCCAAAAUGCAGCAGCUCGGGGAGGAGGUCGUGAUCGGGGCAAAGCGGAUGAGGAAGAACUAUUGCGCAACCUGGCGGCUCUGGAGACGAAGGGCUCAAUAUCAGCCGCCGAGGAGAUCACGCUCGAUAUCAAGGACAAGGAAGAAGAGCCGGAGCCAACCGAGCCACCAAAACGGGUCUAUCCCGUUCGGUUCGAAAUGCCCCAUCCUCGCUUCAACGCGCAGCUCGCCGUGCAGGACGACACACUGUACAUCUUCGGAGGGACGUUGGAGAAGAAAGACGUGGAAAUCACGUUUUCAGACCUCUACGCCGUGGAUUUGGGGAAGCUCGAGGGCGUCAAAGAACUGUACUACGUUGAACCCGCCAACUGGAACGUAACCGUCCAAGAAAGCGACGAGGAGAUGGAAGACGACGAAGAGGGUGACGACGAAGAUGAAGAUGACGAGGAUGAGGAAAUGGACUCUGACGAAGAAGAAGACAUCAUGUCCAUCGACUCGCGGCCCCCGGCGUCAACGGCUCCAACAACACCCCUUUCCCUGCCCACCACUGGGGUCGAGAUCGAAACCGAGCCCGAAACCCUCGCCUCGCAAGACGACUCGCGGCCGUACCCACGGCCCUUCGAAUCCCUCCGCGCCUUCUACGCCCGCACCUCUGAGGAUUGGCAGCGCAUGCUGAUCGAGAAACAAUCGUACGGCGGCGCCCGCCAAGCGGCCGAGCUGGCGGCCGAGCAGACGAUCAAGGAAUUGCGGAAAAAGGCGUUCGAGCAGGCCGAGGAGAGGUGGUGGGAUUGUCGCGAGGAGGUCCGCAAAUUGGAGGAUGAGCAGGAAGAGGCCGGGAUCGGGGAGAUUGUCACGCUGGAAAGUCGGGCUGGGGCGGCUGAAGGGGGUGGUGUGGGUAGGAGACGGUAA